AUGACCAACUCCGUCUCGUCGGCACAGCUCUUUGCGGCCCUCAGAGCCCGGCGGUCCGUAUACGCCAUCAAGCCCAGCUCGCCCAUCUCCGACUCUGCCAUCCGCGAGCUGGUCGAGGCGGCGAUCCACCUCGCUCCGACAGCAUAUAAUUCACAGACGCCGCGCAUCGCCCUCGUGUUUGGCGACAAGCACAAGCGCGUAUGGGACGCCAUGUGGAUCGAGAACCAGAAGACGUUCCCUGAUGCCGAGUUCGAGGCGGCACAGCGCAAAAAGUGGGAGAAUGGGUUCAUGAGCGGUUAUGGGAGUAUUGUGUUCUUCGAUGACAGGAAGACACUCGAGGAGUUCAUUGCCAAGAUGCCACACCGCAAGGUCGAGCUUACGGCGUGGAGCAAGAACGGCACGGGCAUCCUCCAACACACAGUUUGGACUGCGCUGGCGGCGGAGGGACUCGGGGCUAGUCUGCAGCACUUUCCCCAGAUUUCAACGACGGCCGACGCCGCACUGCGCAAGGUCAUCGACGUUCCUGAGGAGUGGGAGUGCACGGCCAUCAUGCCGUUCGGUGAGAUCGUGCAGCACCCUGCCGAGAAGCCCAAGCUGCCCGUCUCGGAGCUCGUCAAGGUCUUCGACUAG